AUGCCAUGUCGACUCCAGCCAUACAUCUGGAUUUCCGAUGAUGCUCUUGCUACCGCCUAUCGUCGGUUCGCCAACACUUGUCUAGUGACCAACAGCCACACGAAUACCAGACGCCAUGGCAGCAACGUCCCAGGUCCAUUAGAGGCCCGUCGUCGCGCUGCCAGGAGACGUAUGACUGGUCUCGGAAUGGCCAGCCCUUCUCCUGCGUCCAUGCCCGACUUUGGCGCUCUUUUUGGCUCUGGAGCUGUCGAUACCACUUCUUUGUGGCCUCCUCCGAAUACCACAGAAUCGCGGGUCUCCGCUCCACCUCAUCAUGCUUCUCCUGCACCUCCCACCCAAUGGCAAAUACCUUUCAACUCCCGCUCAACUCGUAGACGGCGUAAUGCUUCACCGCCGCCGACACCACCAUCACCACAACGUUCGCUGCCUCGUCGAGCACACUCUCUGGAAGAACUCAUGAUUCUGUUGGAAUCAUGCGACAGCUUGGAUGCCCUCAAGCGAGAGCAUGCCCGUCUGUAUCCCGAUUGCCAUCUUUCCACAACCUUCAGCAAAGCCGCUUUCCUCUGUCUGCUUCGACAAUCAACGCCCGAUCAAGUUCUGGCCUUUCUGCAGAGCGACCUGGACCACGAGGAAUCCCACAACACUCAUGCAUACCUUGCCCACCUCUUCGCCAUUCAGUCUCACCCCGAAGUAGUCAUAGAGUGUGUAGCUCUUGUUUGCGACAAGGUUGCAUUGAGCUCCAUACCUAUGAGUGAGUUGUCAGAUUUUCUUGCCGAACUGAGACACAGAGAUGAUGCCCAAUCGCUCUUCGAGGCCAAUGCCAUGCUUCACAACUCACUUGUGGACGCUUAUGCUCCAGGCAGUCCUCCAAGCAACCUCAUCAAAAAAAUCCUUAAGAACUUAUUUUCCUUGCCUCCCUCGCCAGAUAUUCUCAAACUGGUUGCUGAAAUUCUACCACUCGUUGGCCUUGACGGUUUUCGGCCCAUGGCAACAUAUCUCAAGAAGGCUCUCGUCUCUGAAACCACGCAGCCUACGCCUUCGACUCAAUUGGUACCUAUCUUGAGCAUUAUACCAUCCGAACACUUCGACCGCAUCGUCUUUUUUGCUACCAAGAACUUUGUAUGGGACUUGGAUACCUCAACCCUUGCACAUGUACGUAAAGACUGCACCGAUAGACUUGUCCGCUGGCUUGGAGUUCUCUACGCCUUCCGUGCCUCAAUGGUCGAGUCCUCUUCGUUGUUUAGUAGUCUCCUUUAUCCAUUCCUGGCCUCGAGGUUCACUAUUUCUGAGCUUGGUGCUCACUUUCGGUGCCUCCAUGCUGCAGACGCCGCUACCAUUGUAUUACACUAUUGGAUCAAACCUUCGAUACUCGAGGUUCCGGAUCCUGAUCUGGACCAUGGUGUCGACGAAAAUCCAGCACCUUUACCGCCACCGCAAUCAGCACCUGCACUGCUACUGCAACCACCACCAACCGUGCAAAGUCGACAUGGGUCCAAACUCGAUGAGCCAUUCAGAACUUUUGGUUUGACAUAUACCGUGUCUCGGUCUCCCGAACAGUCGCGUACCCACUGCGCAAGCCCAUCGGAGCGUCAAGCAGUCUUCGAUUUGAUCGCAUCGACACUCGAAGAAUGCUGCAAAGUGGGAGGUCAUGGGGUCAACCAUAGUCGUGGAGGGCCCUGGGUUCAACUAUUCAAGCUGUUGAGCCAGAACAAAAUCGAAUACGCAGGCUGGCUAGAUGAGUUGUUUCAAGCGCUGAAGCCUCACAAGUCACCUGUAUGGAUAUAUUAUUUCUUCGCAAAGCUCGUCAGAAACAGAGUUUAUAUCCCAUAUCCUGUGGCCAUCGAUCUCAUACGUUAUUUUAUCGACAUUGAGAAGACAAACUGGGCCUUGAAGGUAUUUAGGCGACCAGAAGCCCAUCAAUGGCUUUCAGACGUCCCCGAGUUGCUCUUUGCUCUUGUUGAAACCAGACCGAUCAGCUCGGGGCUCGUAUUUGAUGUACUGAACCGACCAGAUUACCAAAACUCACUGCCAAUGAAUUUGCGCUCGGUCGAGAAUAAUUCUUUAUCAGAAGGAACGGUACAAUUAGUGCAUCAUGUUGCAUAUGCCAUGGCCAAGUCAGAGCUGUUGACUUCAAGAGCAGCGUUCAGACGGGUACACGAUUGCUACAAUUACCUGAAAGAUCGGGGAGCUCCUGUCUCAAGCAUCAUGUCUCGAGCUCUUGUUCAUGCUGGCGUGACACGUCCUCUUCGAGAUGGCAACUGGCUUAGCACGAACAAGUUCCAAUGGAUUCUUCGUAUCGUUCGUGAUCUUGAAGGCGAUGAAGUCGCGGAUAGUCUCGACGAAGCGGCUUUCAAACUUAGGACUGAGAAUUUGGAGUUGGCUAGUAUGAAGCCAUUAGAUGUCAUGGAAAGGGAAGCUGAUGCGAUCGCCUGGGAGUAUCGGAAGCAGUUUCGUAACCCAUCUCUUCGACGGAGGAAGACCACACCGCCGUAUAAGCCCGCAGCUCCUAAGAAGACUCGAUUCCAAUCUAAGAAGGAUUGGGAGACGGGUGUUGAUGUAACAACGUUGGGAAUACCCAUGGAAGUUUAG